AAUUUCGCGAAAUCGAAAUUCCCUCAUCCUCACUACAUCACUACUAUAUAACUGCCGUGUCGGCAGCCACAUUUGUGUUUUGGCAUUCCAACCCUUCACUCAACUUAAGUUGGUGGAAGUUGAACUUCUCAAUACCCGUAUUAAAGUUUCAAGUGUAGUUAACAAACUUAACCUUUGCAAUUUCUAUCUGGAUCGGAUUUGUAAUCCUUCCAUACUCAAAUCCAAACAGUAGCUGCACAACUGGUGUGUGUGGUUAAAUUAUUCGUCCUUUUUAACGAGCAACUUGACCAGACUUGACCUCCGACCCAGUUCAACAUAAACUGAUUUUAGACCUUCGGAGCCGGAAUGAAACUUCAUAUCUUGAGUCCAGGCGAUGCUCUGGUUGUAUUGUUUCUAGUAUUCGUCUGCGUUCCGGCUGUUGUUACACAAGGCACCAAGACACAGCCCGCUCCCAAAACCCCGAAGAGGACUGGUCAGGGCAACGCCAACAGCGCCUGCACGGAGGGUGUAGCUAACCUUGUUGGACCCACUGUCUCCGGGACGAUACGGUUCCUGAAGCAAGGGGCGAGUGAUACUAAAGUUCAGAUUGAAGUGAAAGGCUUGAAACGUGGAGAAAGUAGCAAUUUUCAUAUCCACGAAAAGCCAGCCGGUUCUGAUGGUAGAGAUUGCAAAGCAGCUCUGGAUCAUUUUGGAGUAAACGGUAAAAAAAUAUGUAAAGGUAGAGUCCGAGAUCAAAGCACAUGUCAAAUUGGUGACUUGUCAGGUAAAUCUGAACCUCUAAGCGUUAGAGGUAAUGGUCAAGCUACAGUCAGUUAUGUCGACCAUGUCAUAGAUAUCUCCAAAAUUAUUGGACUAGGUGUUGUUGUUCAUGAGGGAAACACUAAAAAUACAAUUGCCUGUGGUAACAUUUUUUGCAAGAAAAAAUAAUUGAUGCAUUUUGCACUAUCCUUGCAAUGUUAUUGGCUUUUCCAUGGAAGACUGUUUUGUGAUUGGCCUGAUUACAAUUGUAUCAUUUCUCAAAACUUUCAUUCCCAAAUUCAUAUUUAUAAUUUUCACCUUAAUUGUACUUUAUCAAAAUUGGAACUCUCCAUUGUAUUAGUUUAGGGGUCAUCAAAGUUGAUGCAUGC